GUUCAUCAGCCUGCUGGACAAAGAAAGUUCGCGUGUCACCCGGAGCCGAAGCGAAGCGAUUCCUUCACCCGGAAGUGUCCGUGCUGCGAAGUGUGACGUGCAGCAGACGCACUAUUCCCGAACACCACAUUCUCCAAAUCAGACUCGUCUAGUCGUGUGUGUCAUUCAUCACGGUCCGCCUUGCCAUUACCUCCUUGAGCGGCUCCCUCCCUACCCAUAAGUACAAGAGUCACAGCGAAAGGUUUUGGAACAUCCCUUCGCCCACAGCGAUUUGCGCAAUUGUGGACGCGCGCGACGCUGAGGACAUCCGCCGCUUGACGCUGAUACUCUCAGGCAGGCCGACUUGAGCAGUAGUCGGUGACUGGAGAGAACAGCGGCAGCACUCGCAACAGAGAGCGAACUCGAUACCAGCUGGCACGGACUGUAUACUAUCGGUCUUGCAACCUCUGAACUCAAACCGUCCCUCACAAUCGCGAACAUGUCUACUCAAAGACCCUUCUUCGCAAACUUCCUUGCUGCUUUCCGGGCGCAUCCAACACAAAUUCCCAAAAUCACAUCGUCAAUAACACCGUCGGCCGCAGUGGCAAGUUCGGCCACCAUAUGGACAUCAGCGUCUGCACAGCAGCUCUCAAAGCCUUCACCUUCGACGACGGAGACGACGCCGAGUAGUCCGAGGCCGAUCAACACAAAAUCAAAUCCCUACACACAGACGAACGGUGCACCGGUACAAGACCGACAGUUGGUCGCGUCCCUAUCACCACUUCAACACAACGUAAGCCCUCAAACGCAUCUCCCUCGAUCGCCAUCAUCGCCAGGACUCCCCACCUACGGCCCACAUAACAAACCACAAUCCAGCUAUCCCACAUGUCAAGAGGCCCGACGAGGGCGGCGCGGCAGCGACAGUAGCUUUGACUCAGGUGGCUUCCGAGAAGUGCGUGGCGGCGGGGAGAAGUGGUUCAUUGGCGGGUUGACGGCGAACGGCGAGGAGAAAUACUACAAGCUGAGCAUGAUCAAGCGGGAUCGGAGUUGGGAUCGGAUUUCGGCAGAUCAGUUGAGCUUAUGAGGUUGGUUUCUGGCGUAUUCUAUGGGGAAGGCCGCUCUGCUCGAGGAACAGACAGGCGGCCAGACUGACGUCGGUUGCGGUCGGAAAAGAAUUGGUCUGGUCAUUCCGUGGCUCUUAUCUGCUGCGGCUGUGCUACUUCACGCGAGUGAGGGGCUGGUUUUGCUUUUGAUCCUGACGUUCAUACGGGAAACGGCGCAUGACGAUUGGGGAUCUUUUCACGACGAGACGAACAUUGUAAAGACUGAAUGAUACAAGGAAUAUACAUACCCCCGUGCUCAAUGAUCGGAGGUCACUCGUGGUCGGUCUGGAUCAGCCCUUCAACAUCACCACUAAUAAGAGGUCCUUGAUUGAACUACAGCACCUGCGCAGUAGCCCGCGCCCGGGAAUACUGAUAUCACAUGAAAUGAUGGUAGCCUCAUUCGUGAUCGUGGAUGGGAGAAGUAUGAUACGUCGUUACCUGUGGGAUGGUACUCGCCC